CUAUUAGUAGCACUGGCUGAAAGCGCAAUCGCCAUUUCAGUUUCGGUCGUUAAUGGCUUCAUGGGAAUACGGGGAUGCCAUUGGCUAAUGAGAUUUCUUGGAGCCAAUGCCAUGCCACGACAACCUAUGAUCCGACGGUGCGUGAGUACAAUCCGAGACGCCAAGGCGCGGUUGGUCGGACGAGGUCUUGCCUCCAGCGACGUCACCACGCUACUUUCCCAUGCCCACGACCCUCCUCUGUCAAGAGAAAGCCUGUAUUUGCACCCUGACAAGCUCUUGACACCUCUCGAAAGCCAGCGCCUGGAGCUCUUGACCAGUCGUCGACUGGGCGGUGAACCGCUCGCGUACGUGGUGGGCGUCAAGGAAUUCUGGUCACUUCCGUUCAAAGUAACGUCGGACACGUUGAUCCCUCGACCGGACUCGGAGCUGUUGAUUGAAACGCUGCUGUGCUUGCAUGCCAAGGACUCACCGCUUCGUAUUCUGGACAUUGGCACAGGCAGCGGUUGUCUAUUAGUAGCCGCCCUCACCGAAUUCCCGUCGGCUUGCGGUGUAGCAAUCGACAUUUCGCCUGCAGCUUUGGCAGUGGCUCAAACUAACGCUACCACUCAUGGCGUGGCAUCCCGUGCGACGUUUAUCGAGCAGGAUCUGCGUCGGUUAAACAACAUAUCCCACUGGAGCACUCCGCCGCCCUUUGACGUUGUGCUAUGCAACCCGCCGUACAUUUCCGUCGACGAAAUUCCACACAUGGACACCGACGUGGUCGCUUAUGAGCCUCACGAGGCCCUCUUUGCAGCCGAGGACGGUCUAGCGUUGUACAGUGAUCUGAGGCACCCGCUGCUCCACCGCUUUCUUCGACCAGGGGGUCACGUGUUGUUCGAAGUUGGGUUUCGACAAGCGCAACGAGUGUGCGACAUGUACCUGUCGGCGUCGUUUCAACGAAGCAACACCUUGGACCAGGUGAUCUUUCAAGAUAUUCAAGGCAUAGACCGAGUGGUCGUGCUGCAAUCUCCGACACAUUCCAAGGAAUUUGUUCAAAAAUGAGAUUGACGCGGUAGCCAGCCAAUACGUAGGUGGUGGGGCCGUAGCCUUUCCAAGUACAUGGAUACAGUACAUAGCUAGCAUCGACUUUGCGACGUAAUGAUGUCGUAGUUCCUUGUCUUGUAAAUAUGCGUGUAACUACUACUAGAGGUUGU